CUUCAAAGUGGUGGGCCGGCAACGAUUUCUUUGAGCGAUUCAAUUCCCGUUGGACUUUAUUUGGGCCCGAUUAUUGAUAAUCUUCUUCCAUCGAGAUGCGUUCGUUAGCUCUGGUUUUUUGUUGGACCUCGUUUUCGGCCUUAUCAGUUUCACUCUCUGCUUCUUCAUCGGAUGAUCAAUUCAACGUCAACGGAAAAGUACUGGAACUCACUGAUUCCAAUUUCGACUCGGCGAUUUCCACUUUCGAUUGCAUCUUUGUCGAUUUCUAUGCUCCAUGGUGUGGUCACUGCAAGCGUCUUAACCCCGAGUUAGAUGCAGCUGCUCCUGUUCUUGCUAAACUGAAGAAACCUAUCGUCAUUGCGAAGCUGAAUGCUGACAAAUAUUCUCGUCUUGCACGGAAGCUUGAGAUCGAUGCGUUCCCGACACUCAUGCUCUAUAAUCAUGGAGUUCCAAUGGAGUACUAUGGACCGAGGAAAGCUGAUUUGCUCGUCCGUUACUUGAAAAAAUUUGUCGCUUCAGAUGUUGCGGUUCUUGAGUCAGACGCAGCUGUCAAGGAUUUUGUUGAAGAUGCAGGGACUUUCUUCCCCGUGUUUAUUGGAUUUGGCUUGAACGAGUCGUUGAUAACAGCGUUAGGUGCAAAGUAUAAGAAAAAGGCAUGGUUUGCUGUUGCAAAGGAUAUCUCAGAGGAUGUAAUGGUUUCCUAUGAUUUCGAUAAGGCUCCUGCAUUAAUAGCCAAACAUCCAUCGUACAAUGAGCGUAGCGUCUUCUAUGGGCCAUUUGAAGAUGGUUUCUUGGAGGAUUUUGUAAAACAAAAUUUUCUUCCUCUGGUUCUGCCAAUUAACCAGGACACCUUGAAGCUGCUGAAAGACGAUGAGAGAAAGAUGGUGUUGACAAUUGUGGAAGAUGAAACUCACGAAAGCUUGGGGAAACUGAUCAAAGCACUGAGAGCAGCUGCUUAUGCCAACCGCGACCUUGUUUUUGGCUACGUAGGUGUGGAGCAAUUUGAAGAAUUUGCAGACUCGUUCCAUGCAGACAAGAAAGCAAAGCUGCCUAAGAUUGUUGUGUGGGACGGCGAUGAGGAGUAUGAUGAGGUGAACGGUAUAGAAACUAUUAGCCACGAGGAAGAUCAUUUGACUCAAGUUUCCAGGUUUCUAGAGGGAUAUAGAGAAGGAAGAACAGAGAAGAAGAGAAUCAAAGGACCAUCUUUGAUGGGAUUUAUCAACUCAAUGAUCGGGAUUAGAUCAGUGUACAUCAUUGUGUUCUUGGUUGCUGUCAUUAUGAUGCUACGAAGCCUUGGUCAAGUAGAGGAACCCGCUCGAGCCAGGACUUCUGAAGCUGCCUGUGAACGAGUUGAUCAGACCACUAGUGUCUCUCAAGGUGAAACCAGUGAGCAUAAACCCAGAGACAAAGAAGACUAGUUUUGCUAUACUUUAUUUUAUUUUACUUUUGAUCUUAGCCAGAAGAUAACUUAAAUAAUUCACAGUUUUCUAUAUUAUUGUUAGUCUUUUUUUUUUUUUUCGGAUCAUUGUUUUUGUUGAACCAUAUCUAAACCAAUAAUUAUUGCAUUUUAAUUAAGAAUCAUAUUGUUUCUUUUA